AUUGAGCGGAGCAGCAGUGACUGGAGUAAUCGGAGCUGAGUCUUUCUCGGUGUCGUUGCGCAGGAAGUUGCGGAGUCCCUGCAGGGUGGACACGGACGCCUUGGUGCCCCUUCCCCCGGCUCCUCCAAACACACUGGCGCUGCUGUUACGAGACAUGCUUUCUGCUGGAUGACAGUGAACUGAGAGACUCAGAGGCUGGAUGGAAAUGAUGGAGGUGAGUUUUAUAGCAGCUGUCUGCCACCAUAUCCGCCCACAUCAAGGACUUGGGCUCCUGGAUCCAAUCCUCUCUCUUGACAAACAGGUUCUGGGCUGAAAUUCAAGUAUUUCAAGUUGAGUUCUUCAGAAAUUCUGUACUUGUUCUGUUAUGAUUGGACACCUGCAAAGCAUCCGGGUAGGUCCACAGGUCCGUUGGUCUUUAUAAGGGAUCUCUGAGGUGGGAUCUCCACUCACCUGCUCCUUCAGGCUCCAGCAACCAUGUCUAGAAACUACAGCAGCCAGUCCUACAGCCCCAACAGCGGGGGGCCCAUCAAGAGCAAACCCAGCGAGAAGAUCGACUCCUCGGGCAAAAAUAAUGAGAAAAACGAGAUGGUUGGACUGAAUGACAAGUUCGUCAAGUUGAUUGAAAGGGUGAAGAACCUGGAGGAUGAGAACAGAAAACUUAAUAAAAAGCUGGAGAUCCUCAAAGGGCAGGAUGACUACGAUGGUAACUUGGAUGCUCUUGUAAGGAAGGAAGAGAAUGACCUGCAGCAGAAGAUCGAAAAUUUGAAAAACGACCAGGAAAAUUUAAAAGAAGAGCUUCAGGACAUUUCGCAAAAGGUGGACGACGCCAAGGAAAGUUAUGAGAAUGAAUUGGCAAAGAGAGCUGAGGCAGAGAAUGACUUUAUUAUAUAUAAGAAGGAGGUGGACCAAAGCCAUCUGGACCUGGUAGAAGAUGUUCUGGAGCUGGAGGAUCAGACAAGAAAGCUAGAGUUCCUCAGGAAUGGAUUUGAUGAGGAGAUCAAGGAGCUGGAGUCCAUGAUAAAGAAUGAGGUGGUAACCCUUCCAAGCUCCGAAAAACGGUCCUUGGACAUGGACCAGUACAUUAAGUCUGUUGAGGCUCAGUAUGCCCGUCAUGCCGCUACUGCCAGGCAGGAGGCAGAGUACUGGCACCAAAAAAAAAUGGAUGACUUGGCACAAAGGGCAGGAGAGAAGGAGCAGGAAGUGCGUGACAUAAAGAGAGAUAUCGCUGACAUUUUGCGUAAAAUCCAGAAGGCUAAGUCUGACCUUGAAGCUUUGAAAAGAAAGGAAGAUUCCUUGAGCAAGGAAAUAGAUGACAGCAGAAAAAGUGGUGAUGAAAACAUUGAGACUUCCAAGAGGAACAUCAAGGAACUAGAAGAUGCCUUGAAGAAUACUAAGCAGGAUCUGGCCAGGAAGAUCCAUGAAUACCAGGAGCUGCUGAACAUCAAACUGGCCCUCGACAUUGAGAUCGCCACCUAUCGCGAGCUUCUGAGGGGCGAAGAAGACAGAAUGAAUAAACUUCACUCAGAUAACUAAAAACAAACAACCAAUCCAAGUCCUUAAUUGCACGCAGACGUUCACCAGCCAGAGAGGAAACACCUGCAAGAG